AAUGAUUUCUUUUUUUACAUGUCUGUUCUCUGUCUGUAUGCAAUCGUAACAGUUUUUGUGUUGUGUUUAUUUUGCAUCCAAAUGAUUUUGUCAGUAUGUUUGCAUAUUGAUAUUUAAUUUCUUGUAAUUUUGUAUGUUCUUUUUUAAAAAGGUUUAGUUUGCAUUUGUUUUGUGUCACAUAUUUUCUUUUGGCUGUGGAUUCGUUUUUAUUUUGUUUUGUGUUGAUUUUCCGUUUUGUGUGUCUUUUACGUUUCUUCAAUGUAUAUAUCAUCCUGUCAGUCUUCUUCACAAAACCACAGCAGUCACAGACAGAACCYAUUUCCUGAGAGAAUUAAGCUCGAUUUGAUUGGCUCGGUCAUUGGUACAAAGCGGAAGCAACGCUCUGCCGUGAUUGGUUGUUUUAGUUCGACCCUGCUGCGGAUUGACUGUUGAGAAGACGGGCGGUUGGAUCAUCCAAUCAGCUUGUCGUUACGCAGAGGAAGUGAAGUAAGGGGCGUUGAUUUAAUAGGACGCAUGCGGAACUCGCAGUUUUGCGGAAAUCCAUUCUUUUUAUUACCAAAACAUUAACUUAUGUCUUUCGUGUACUUUCACAGUACAGCAAAUAACAUAAAUAUGACGACUGUGGGAAGCUAGUUCAACUCACCUUUUUAAGUUGUGGUUUUUCGAUACACGAAGUUUGCCGACAACGUUUGUCGUCGCGACUUUUUCAUUUUAUUGGUUUACAUUCUUAUAGAAACCUGUCGACAAUGCAGUCAAAAGAAGAGGCUAUAGCCAUUUUAAAGCAGUUUGAUGUUGGAGACAAGUUCUCCUAUCUUCCUGUUCUGCCUAAAGCCUCAGUGUUGAUCCCACUGUUCGUGAGGAAUGGAAAGCUGCACACAAUAAUGACCCUGCGUUCAAAAAAGCUGAGGACCAGUGCYGGUGAGGUGUGUUUCCCGGGUGGGAAGCGAGACCCCAGUGACCAGGAUGAUGUGGACACAGCCCUGAGAGAAGCAGAGGAGGAGAUUGGUCUGAAGCCUGAUGAUGUUCAGGUGGUCUGCACACUGUUUCCAAUCAUCAAUAAGGACGGCCUGUUGGUGACCCCAGUCGUCGGCUUCAUCAGUGAGACAUUCCAACCGGUCCUAAACCCUGCUGAAGUCAGCGCUGUGUUCUCAGUCCCACUGGACUUCUUCACCAGCGACAAGGACCACUAUGCAGCCCACAGUACACCAGGGAUGAUGGGGCCUUUGCACUCGUUUCAUUUUGUCGACCCGGUUUCAGGCAGCCGGUAUCAUAUAUGGGGGCUGACGGCCAUGCUGGCCGUUGUAGUCGCCGUCAUUGCUCUGAAGAGAAAACCUGAGUUUGAUGUUGGCUUUGAUUCUGAGGAUCCUUUAUCAUUUUUCCAACACAUUCUGCACACAAGACUGAGUAAACUAUGACUACUAAAAACUUUCAACCAGAAUGCAUUAUGAACUUAUAUUUGUUUUAAAUGAAGCUGUUUUGCACACUUGUUUCUACUAACGAACAUCAGAUAUUAAAAACUGGAAUGUUAAGGGAAAAAAGAUACCCAUCCACGUUUACAUUUUUAUUAAUUCUUUUAAUGUAGCAGCAGGAUUACAGAUAUAAACAGAAGAGUAUACAAAUGUCCAGACAAAGGCAAAGUACAUGUUAAUAAUAGUUCAAAUGUAUAACACGGGGUUGACCUUUUGUCCCUUCUGCAGGGUCUUAAGGCUAAAUACUAAAGCUCAAGCUACACAAAACUGAUACAACAGAACUGUAGGUGGAUGUAGAGUUAAAAGCAAACUGGUUAUGCACGAGAGACGGCUCACACUAUUGGCAAUAAACAGGGAAUUCAUCACGGCUGCCCCUUUUCAUCAAGCGUUUCACAGCAACAGAAAUGUCGACAAGCACAUGAACACAACGCUCUCCAGAAAAACAAUCGCUGUGUCACGUCCCUUUUACCUCACAUGUACAAAUCUCAUGAGGCGUGAAAAACAGUAUCUAUAGAAAACUACAAACACGGUGACGGUUCACCGAUGAAGCUGUGCAGUAUGAGUAAAUUCUGAUAUCCUGCAAUCAAUGUGGGGGGAUCAAAAGAAAUCUCAGUAUGAGCUAGGUUUGUGUCCAGGAACCUCGAAGAAACGAUUAGGAAUCACGAGGAUAAAAAAGGACAAGGAGCGAUGACACAAAGAGGACACCAGUAAACACAGCAGAGCAACAGUUAGGUUAUCAAGGCACACAAAGUUCUGUUGAAAGCAUCACAAUUUAAAUUCAAAAUACCCCUGCAGUAUAUUUCACAUUUAAAUAUACAUGGAUAUUCAUUUACAUGACCGGAGGACAAAAACAUUAUGUUGAGAUUUGUGUGCUCUUCUCACCACCGCUAAAUCAAUAUUUACCAAGAUUUUAUUUUAUUUUUUUCCGAGUGGAAAUAAUUAAAAGACUGACUAUACCGGAUCACUCAGAGUAAAAAYGGGCUGGACUUGAGUUUACGCCACAAUCCAAGACAAAAACAAGAUGAGUGUACAGACCCACCCUCUUAUCCCCUCUG